UCUAUGGAGAUCGGUACAAGUUUAUUUAACCGGUACAAAAUUGUAUUUAUAUUAUAGUCAACGGAGUCAACGGUUAUGUUCAACGUGGGAGCAGUGAAUAAAGAACGCAGGAAUCCGAUCUUCAUGCAUAGCUGUCGUCCUAUGUUGUCAAAUACUGUUUAAUGUAAUUGUCGGGCAUACAGAGUUUGGCGGGAAUAAAGUAUAGAUCUAGUUAACUUCCUGUCGUGCUUGCUGUUUAACUUAAGAAGUAUUUGUGUGGAUCUCCUUCUCGGAAGUUUUUCCGGGGGUGAUACACACACCGCAGAUCAACAAGGCUUUCGCAAGCAAACAAGCCAAAAGACUCUAGAAGUAUACGAUAAGCCCAUCACCAUUAUGGAGUAUUUCCGAAGAUUUGUUGUGAUGGCUCUGUCCAUAUUGAGCAGUAUAUUGCAUAAAAGCAUACGCUGUUUAGAUGAAAGUAAAGGCAGAUGCGGAAUCCCUGGAACAUGUAUACUGAACUGUCAUGCUCUCAAGAACUUGAAAAAAAUAAUUGACCAGUUAAUUUUAAUGAUUUCAAGAUGUUCAUCCUGGGCUGAGCUUCUAUUAAUAGCUUCAUUUUAUAUGAAUUCAAGGAAUUGGAUGCAGGAAACUUUUCCAUAUAUGUUCGGCUGUAUAAUGGAAAUAUUCAUGAGUGAAAUGGAAAACAACACAUCAGAAAAGGUUAUCAGCCUUUCUGAGCAAAGAAGAGUGUGUGAUGGAGAGGUUAUUGAUUUGAAGGGGAAACGCAGAAUCUAUAUUGAUGGACCUCUCCACCGGGCAACCUCUGAUGGGCAAAUGAAUGAUGUGCAGGAAAGUGUAAAUUCCACAGCCAAUGUUGUUGAUCAGCAUGAUACAGAGCCUAAGUACUUGAUGACCCCAUCUUUACCAAUAGAAUCAACACCAGUGAGUGAUACCGGGGAUAACAGAUCGAUACUUGAACCAAUUGUGGUUUCAUCUACUGCUACUCCUGUUGUGUUGGAUGUGAGUGAUACCGGGGAAAACAGAUCGAUACUUGAACCAAUUGUGGUUUCAUCUACUGCUACUCCUGUUGUGUUGGAUGAACCAGAUCCAUCUUUAAGAGCCAUGGAUAACCAGGCUAACGAACCCACAAGACAGCUUCCAGCCCAGUUUGAUGCAGUGAGUGAUACUGGGGAAAACAGAUCGAUACUUGAACCAAUUGUGGUUUCAUCUACUGCUACUCCUGUUGUGUUGGAUGGUACAGAACAAGUACCAUCUACUGACCUGGCAAUAAGGGCAGUGACAGAAAACAGAGUCACUGAUGACCUGGUGAUAGACGCAGAGAGGCCAGACCCCAUAGUGCAAUCCUUGACAGGAGCAACAAGGCCAAGCAGAAGAGGGGUUCCACCUGAAGUAAACUUGCGGAGCCAACUGAAUACCGUCGAUUUGGUUGAUAUCAACCAAGUAAAGACUCAAAGAGAGGAAAGCGAAGGCUCCGACAUGAGUGACUUGAAUGUGAAUCUUAAUCACGAUGCUACGGAGGACGAUGAAGGAUGAAUACAGCAUCCUUAUUGGGCCAAGUGAGAGAUUGAGCGCUCUAAAACCGUUUUAUACCCCCAAUGCUUUGCAUUGACUGUUUCAAGGCGGUGACCCCCGCUUUAUUCUUACAUGUGUUUAUGUUGUUAUGUAUUGUGCUGUUUGUACUGUUUUGGCAAUUGGUCACUUGUCUUAAAUAAAGGACCAACUAAUUGUAUGUAAUUAGAAUGCAAUACUGCUCCAGCAGCUGGAGUUUUACUUUUUUAUAUUAUAUUAUUAAAAUCCUUACAGCUGUAUGUUUGGCUUCUUUCUUUUUUUAUGCCCACCUUGGAAGAAGAAGGGGUAUAUUGUUUUGCUGGACGUUGGUCGGUCUGUCAGUCGGUUGGUCGUUUUGUCUGUUGGUAGACUAGUUCGUUUUUUAUCAAUAACUUGUGAACGGAGGGACCGUUUUGCUUGAUACGCCCCAUGUGCAUUGGCCUUGGACAGUAGAUGACCCCUAUCGAAAUUGGGGUCGCUAGGUCAAGGUCACUGUCACAAUAAGUGUGAAAAUCGUUUCUGAUCAAUAACUCGUCAACUGAUAAACCAAUUGGCUUGAUACUUCUCAUGUGCAUAGGUCUUGGACAGUAGAUGGCCCCUAUUGAAAUUGGGGUGACUAGGUCAAAGGUCACUGUCACAAUAAGUGUGAAAAUCAUUUACGAUCAAUAUAUGGUCAACAAUUGACUUAUUGCCUUGACACUUCACAUGUGCAUUGGCCUUGUACAGUAGAUGAACCCUAUUGAAAUUGGGGUUACUGGGUAAAAGGUAAAGGUCACUGUCGCAAUGAGUGUGAAAAUCGUUCUGGAUCAAUAACUCGUCAAUGAAUUGACUGAUUUACUUGAUACUUCACAUGUGCAAUGGCCUUGGACAGUAGAUUAGACCGAUUGAAAUUGGGGUCACUAGGUCAAAGGUCAAGGUCACUGUGACACACAAAUUCCAGUGUCAAGGCCCUGUUUGGGGGGUACAAGUCUCUGACCGCGGACCUCAUGUUAUUGGUUGUUUUGCUUAUUGAUAAUGAAUAAGACUUUGUUGUGUUUACCAGAUGUGUUUUUUCAUGGGUUUAUUUUGAAAACCUUUUUUAUCACAUGCCAUACCCUGUUUCCCAUUUAAUAUAACCAUUACGAAUAUUUUAACGUACACAUGUGUAAUAUACUUUUUAUGCCCCCUUUCAAAGAAAAGGAGGCAUAUAGUGAUCGGACUGUCCGUCUGUCUGUCAGUCUGUCUGUCUGUCCGUCUUUCCGUCACACUUUGCGUUUAGGUUUCGAAAAAUGCUCAUAACUUCUAUGCCCCUUGAGAUAUAACCUUCAUCUUUGGUAUGCAUGUGUAUAUGAACAGGGCCUUUCCAUGCGCACACAAAUUUUUACCCCUGUGACCUUGACCUUGAACUUAGGGUCCGCGUUUAGGUUUCGAAAUCUGCGUUUAGGUUUUGAAAAAUGCUCAUAACUUCUAUGUCCCUUGAGAUAUAACCUUCAUAUUUGGUAUGAAUGUGUAUAUGGACAAGGCCUUUCCAUACGCACACAAAUUUUGACCCCUGUGACCUUGACCUUGAACUUAGGGUCCGCGUUUAGGUUUCGAAAAAAGCUCAUAACUUCUAUCAAGCGUUUGUAGGGGGCAUAAGUCAUCCUAUGGUGACAGCUCUUGUUAAGUGUUUUCAUGGGCUUAUUUUUGUUCGAUUGACCAAUCGCAUUUUGUUAUUUUGCUGAAAUGACAUUGCAACAUCAAAUUAUGUCACAAAAUGUAAACAACAACUGGGAUUUAUGUCGAAGUCGGCUGAAGAUGCAUACGUUAUCGAGCAGACUAUAAACCGCACCUUUAACCUUUAUGUAUGUCACAUUGGUUUUCUUUUGUUUGUCUAAUUUUGAAAACACCAAUAUCUUACACUUUCUUAUUUCUAAUGUGUUUUUCAUUUUGCAACUACUCUAUGCACGUUUUGCCCUCUUCAUUAUACCAUUUUGGAAACCAUAAAUAUCAAACACGGUGUUUUCAUUUUUUGUUUUAUGCUGUAAACCCAUUUAUUUCACAUCGUUUUGUCAUUUUGUUUCAUGUUGGAUAUUCCUACACAUGUUAUUUUGUUUCAUGUUGGAUAUCCAUUCACAUCUUGUUCUGUUAUCAUUUUGUUUCAUGUUGGAUAUUCAUUCACAUCUUGUUUUGUUAUCAUUUUUGUUUCAUGUUGGAUAACCAUUCACAUCUUGUUUUGUUAUCAUUUUUUUUUCAUGUUGGAUAACCAUUCACAUCUUGUUUUGUUAUCAUUUUUUGUUUCAUGUUGGAUAACCAUUCACAUCUUGUUUUGUUAUCAUUUUUUGUUUCAUGUUGGAUAACCAUUUACAUCUUGUUUUGUUAUCAUUUUUUGUUUCAUGUUGGAUAACCAUUCACAUCUUGUUUUGUUAUCAUUUUUUGUUUCAUGUUGGAUAACCAUAUUUCUCAAGUAACAUGUAUGCUCUGAUCUCUUUGUCUCAUGGCAGAUGCCCCUAUAUAUCACACUGUUCUCAUCUUUAUUUCAUAUUGGAAAUCUCUAUGUCACAUAAUGAAUUACCAUCUUUGUUUCAUGUUGAAAACCACUAUCUAUCACAUUGUGCGCUCAUGUUUCUUUAAUGUUUGAAAUCUAUAAAUCUGAUACUGGAAAAAUAACACUGUAGUUAUAAGGGCUAGUAUAUAUUUUGUUGUUGCAGACAUUCAAACGAAUGGCCUGUUAAAUUUAAGUAUAUAUUAUCAUUUGCAUAAUUUAACAACAUUGUUAAUAAGACGAUACUGCUUUGUAAAUUUCGCAUAAUACUCUAAUAUGAAUAUGAAGUUUUUGUUGCAUGGUUAUUGGGUUGUACUUUCUCUUCAGUUGUGUUGCUUUUUGUCCUUCUUUCUUUCAGCAAAUUAUUGCACAGAAGUUCGCAUAUACAAAUAAAACUAAACAAUU